AUGACCCCGCUAGAGAAGAUGCUACAGGAGAUGGGACCGAUCCGAGAGGACGGUAGUGAUAAGUUUUUUGGAAUGGAAAAUUUUGGAAAUACCUGCUACUGUAACUCAAUCAUGCAAUGUCUUUACUAUUCAGUACCUUUCCGAGAAGCCGUCCUUAACUACCCAAAGCGAACACCGAUCGAGAGUUUAGAAGCAGCGCUGGCAAAGAGCCUUAAAUUUCAGGACCCAAAUGCGCGCCAGGAAGCCGAGGCCCUUGCAGAAAAGCAAAAGGCCGCAAACCCGUCACGACCCGGAAUGCCUCCAAAUCCACAGCAGAAACCAGAAGAUAAAGACUCGCCGGAGUACAAGAAGAAGAUCGCAUUACAGACCCUUCCUCUUCUGGAAACCAUAAACAACUCCGACAGCUACGGUAUGUCCGAGUCAUUAUUCACAUCCCUCAAGGAUGUCUUUGAAUCAGUCGUGGGGAGCCAGUCCCGCAUAGGAAUCAUCCGACCGCAACACUUCUUGGACGUCCUCCGUCGGGAACAUGAGAUGUUCCGAACGGCAAUGCACCAGGAUGCGCACGAAUUUUUGAACCUCCUGCUUAACGAAGUUGUUGCAAAUGUAGAAGCGGAAGCCUUGAAACAGCCCGCGCCUGAGAAAGCACUUCCAGCCGCGGAAAGCUCAGAAUCUUUAGAGCCGUCUGUCAGUUCAGGCUCUAAAACGCCCAAUACCACCCGGUGGGUUCAUGAACUUUUCGAGGGAACGCUAACAUCCGAGACACAAUGUCUCACCUGCGAAAACGUUUCACAACGUGAUGAGGUUUUCCUCGAUCUAUCUGUGGAUCUAGAACAACACUCCUCUGUGACAUCAUGUCUCCGGAAGUUUUCCGCGGAAGAAAUGCUCUGCGAACGAAACAAAUUUCACUGCGACAAUUGCGGUGGGCUGCAAGAAGCGGAGAAGAGGAUGAAGAUCAAACGUUUACCGCGGAUCUUGGCCUUGCACCUCAAGCGUUUCAAGUAUACCGAAGAUUUGCAGCGUCUUCAGAAACUCUUUCAUAGGGUUGUUUAUCCGUACCACCUUCGCCUAUUUAAUACGACAGACGAUGCGCAGGACCCCGAUCGCCUAUACGAGCUCUAUGCAGUGGUAGUGCACAUUGGUGGAGGUCCAUAUCACGGACACUAUAUUGCCAUUAUCAAGACGCAAGAUCGAGGUUGGUUGCUUUUUGACGACGAAAUGGUUGAGCCGGUAGAUAAGAACUACGUGCGCAACUUCUUUGGUGAUAAGCCGGGUUUAGCCUGCGCCUACGUUCUCUUCUAUCAGGAAACCACUAUAGAAGCCGUGAUGAAGGAGCAGGAACAGGAGAACAUGGAGGCAGCCGCCGACUCGAAUGCCUCCACAACCAAGCAGAAUGGCUUUGCCCACUCACCUGGUUUGGCCCACGUUCAUAGUGCCUCCCAAAUCCCCGCACCGGAUGACCUUGACCGCUUCACGGGCCUGAAACGGGCCCCGACUGCGCCCCAGCUAUCUACCCAUCCUGAACACACGGACUCGGAAAGUGUUACCUCAGCCACUAUCUCACAACCUCCCGCCCCUACCCUGCCACCCGUUCCUCCAAUUCCUGAAACCUACUCCGCUCCUCGUACUACUAGAAAGAACGAUGUGCAGAUCUUGAAAGCACGAGCCCAAAUGGUGAGAGAACGGGCCAGAGAGGAGAAAGAGCGAAAAGCAGCUGAGAAGGAGAAAGAGAAACAACGUCGGGAAGAUAAUGAAGCAAGAAUGAAAGAUACCCAACGGCGGGAAGAGGCCGAGCUCAAAGCUGCUCUCGAGGCAAGCAAGCUGUCGAAGGAAGACGAGGAUCGUCGUAAUCACUCUGAAAACGGCUCACCCAAGAAACCCGGUAGCGGUCUCAGUCGUCUAAAGAGAGGCAGCAGGAGCUUUAGCCAGCGACUAAACAAAGACAAAGAGAAUCGUGUUUCGCAACCGCCAGUUCCAGAAUUGCCCGAGCCCGGCGCACCAGGUUCAACGCCUGCCCUACCGGAACGAGCACAAACUGAGACGCCUGCUGGACAAUCAUCUCGACUACCGCCCCAGUUACCAAAUGGCAUCCUAGGACGAGCGUCCCAAGCUGAGAGGCCGGUUAUCCGACCAGAGGAGCAAGAUACGCUUAAAUCCCCUAAGCAUGACCGAUCUGGUCAUGGAAAAUGGCGAAGCUUCAGCAUUAGGAAGAAGUCAUUAAACAUCCUUUCAUGA